GCUAAGCAAUUUUCUGAGGUUUCCACCCAAAUCAUCCUUCUUUGUCAGCUAUGGCGUUCCUCAGCUUUUUUUUCAUUUUGACGCUCACUCUGCUUUCUAACCUCGCUCAAAACGGUCGGUCCUCACAACCUGGCGCUCUUCACCGAGACGAAAACCGACAAAUUAUGUAUGCAAACUUUAGAGCUGCAUUCAACAAGCAUCUUUCCACAACAGUAAUUGCAUCUUUCCUAACUAAGAACAUAUUCACUUGCCCAUUCAAAUGCAUCGCUAAAUCUGAGUGUUUCUCGUACAACCUGGCAGCAUAUCCAGAUAAUGGUUUCUAUCUUUGUGAGUUUUUGGCCACAGACAAAUACAGAGCAAGAAAGGAUCUUAAAUUGAAUGCUUCUUUUCACCAUUUCAGUCCAAUGUCAUCAUGUGAUAGCAGUCCGUGCCAAAAUGAUGGAACCUGCAUUCCUGACUUUGAACAAAACAGUUAUCAAUGCGACUGUAAAGCAGGAUUUACUGGAAUUCACUGUGAUGCUUGCAAGUUUGACUUCGAAGAUGGCAUCAUGGGCUGGAUGAAGACAGGAACAGCAUUCGAUAAUCAGCCGACUUUUGGCGACAACCCAACAGCUCGUAACAGGGGUGAACCUUCUAAUCACCAGGGUGACUGGUGGAUUGGUGGAUAUGAAGAUCGGCCGACCGCAGGAACACCGGCUGGACAAAUACAAGGAGAUGAACCCCAGGGAACUCUGGCCACGCCAUCCUUUAAUAUCACAGGACAAUUUAUUUCUUUUUUGAUUGGAGGAGGCUGCGAUAUAAAUAUUGCUCGUGCGGAGUUAAUCGUUGACGACAAGGUUGUCAGACAAACUACCGGAAGAUGUAUCGAAACCUUGACUCGAGAGACAUGGGACGAACAAGAAUUUAUUGGAAAGCGUGCUUUCGUAAGGCUGAUUGACGGAUCUGGAGGCUGGGCCCACAUCAACUUUGAUGACCUUAAAGGAGAUAUAAACUGUGGACAAGAAUAAAUCGGUGAACUAAGAUACUUUCUUAGUUAAAAUGUUAUUGCACAGUAGCUGGUAAUCCUUUAAACGCCGCAAAUGAGAUAAAAGAUACGCAGUUUGCUUUCAGAAUAAGAAGUCAAGUCACUACAGAAAUACAUGCAGUGCACUGUUUUCAAGAGAUGCGAAUGCAAGAAAUCUCUACUUUAUUAUCUUCUGCUCAACAAGCAUGAACAAAAUAAUCGCAGGUAAGGCUAAGUUCACAUGGUAACAGAAGAAUUUUUGAUCGGCCAGAAAUUUCGACAGGCCGGAAAUUUCAACCGGACAUUCUGUUCACGCGGAACCGUGCAAAAGUUUCGUUCUGUUCAGAUGGAACUGCUAACCGGAUGAAGUUUUUGACAUUUGUCAGUGGUAUCACCAUCUCCUCAUGCGCACAACGCAACACGUUCCACCUGAUAAAAUUUUAAACAUGUUAUUUUGCUUGGUUACCGCGUAUCCACGCAGCCACGCCUUCGCCUUACAAAAAUUCCAACGUUUAAAGAGUUCACACUGCGGCAGUCAAAUUAUUGGAUGCACCGACUAAAGACUCGUCCUCUAUUUUGGUGUUCAAAUUUUUUAACGCUUGGGCGUCCAAACUUUCUUACGUUUGGCGUGGUUCCAUUUGAACGCAACGCCUAAACGCACGGAUUUUCCGCCGGUCGAAAAUACUUCCGGCAGCGCGUCAACGUAACCUAACUGAGUAAGCGGCCGCUCCAAAACUCUGUUGUUUUUGCAUAUCUUUUGAAAAUGCAGCUUAAAAGAAAAAGAAGAGACAAUAGGAGAAUUUGGAUAAAAAAAACUACAUUAAAGAAUGCUAUUCAGUGAAUUUGAAAAGUGUUGAAGCCACCAGUAGCUAAUUAAAUUUCCCACACUCGGCGGGUACCGCGACUUCUCUUAAUGAGCUAAGAAAAAAAAUUAUUAAUUUCAAAAGCCGAAGAAAAAGGCAUGAAAAUGGGCAACUGAGCGAUCGACCAGAUAUUUCGACCAGAUAUUUCCACGAGAUAUUUCGACCAGAUAUUUCAGGCUAGACAACAGCAAAAAAUCUUUUUGAUUUCUAAACUUGAUUUGGUUCAUCACGGAAUAUAUAAAGGUAGUGAGCUACUCCGCCAGAGCUAAUAUCAGUUUUCGAGUGGAACUUAGACACUUCCACAUGGAAGCCUAAUAACUGUUUUUAUUAUCCAACUACACUUCGUAGAGUACAAAUAAC